UGUAAAAACAGUAAUCAGUAUUAUGUUAUUAAUAAUAUUGUUACUAAAUUAAUAUUAAAUGAAGUAGACUUCUGGGCAAGAAAUAUUAUGAGGGCCAAAUGGAGACAUUUCAUGAUGAAAAUGGGAACUCAUCACACAGACCAAAAUAUCAUAAAUGUGGACAUGUCUAAUAACAGAGUUUGAAAGCAUAUGAAACAAAACCUGAUAGAACUGAAAUGAGAAAUGGACAAGUCCACAUUCAUAGUUGGAGAUGAUAGCAGUGCUUUCUCAUACUAAUGUUCAGAACAACAGACAGCAAAUAUGAACAACAUAUCAACCAGUUUGACCUAUUUGAAGUGUGUAAAUUCCUCAUAAUUAUAGCAGAAUACAUAUUCUUUCAUGUGCAGUUGGUACAUUCAUUAAGGCAGAAAAUAUACUUAGCCAUAAAACAAAUCACUGAAAGUUUAAAGACCAUGUGAACUGUGUUUCCGAAAACAGUGGAAUGAAAAUAGAAAUAAAAAGUCUAGAAAAUCCUGAUAUAUUUGGAAGGUAAACAACAUAUUUUUAAAUCAUGGGUCAAAGAAAGAAUCACAAAGGAAAUUAGAAAAUAUUUUGAACUAAAUUAAUAUGGAAAAAUGGCGUGUCAACAAUUGUUAGAUGCUGACAAAGUGAUAUUGAGAGGGAAAUUUAUGGUUCAAUUGCUUAAUUACAAAAGAGUUCUAAAAACAAUGACCAAUUUCAACUAAGAAAUAGUGUUCCACUAGUUUCAUUUGCACCAAGAAGUGUUCUCUCCCCUCCUUCUACUUACAGAAACAGGAUUUACAUCCAGUCCUAAAACAGCUAAAUAAACCACCCAAAAGGCUUAGAAGGAGUACUAUCAGGAAUAGUGUCUGCUCACAAGCUAUAUUGGAAAAUCUCAUAAUUUACGAGGCUUGGAUAGAGUAUUCAAGGCUUCAAGGUUUUUGCCUCAGUAAUGGGGAAUAAUUAACUUUAGAUUAUAUACUGUUCACAUGAAACCUACUGACAUCUUAAUAUCAAGACCCAAGAGCUGUUUCUAAGUAACUUAUCUGCAUCCUAGAUAAAGCCUAAGAAUAUUUAUAGGAACAAAAAAUAUUCAGCACCCAUUAAGGUAAAAUCCACAAAAUUCAAAAUUGUCAGCAGGCCUGUGAUUGCAGCAUCAAGCCUGUGGCAGCGUUCAAUAAACUGGGGCUAAUGCAAGAUGACAUAAUAUAUGGGAGUGAUGAUAUGAAAGAGACCAUAAGAAGGCUUCCUGAGAACUUUUACAACAACAGGAUGUUUCACAUUAAGAGAGCAUUGGAUCUGACCAUGAAGCAGCAGAUCGUGCCUAAAGAGCAUUGGACAAAAUGUGAAGAGUAUAAAUUCUACCUUGAACCAUAUCUGAAAUGAGUUAUUUGGGAAAGAAAAGAGAGAGAAGAAUGGGCAAGGAAAUAAUCAUGGAGUUGAUAUCUGUGGUUGUAACUGUCUUCCAAAUAUAAUUUUUAAAUGUUUAUUUAUUUUUGAGAGAGAU